GAGAGAGACUGUGCCUGCUGCACAAACAGCGUGUUCAUUAAUCAUUGCAGCUGGAAGCUCCUGUUUUUUCCUCUACCAGAUAACCUAAACUCACUGAUCUAGUAGCUAAGUAAGGUUUUUCUGCACACUGGAUCUCCAUGCACAAUAACCCAUAACAUAAUUUUACGUCUUUCUGCAGACUGCAGUAUCUACAAGAUAAAGAUAUCAUAGCUUGCUUCCAGCAAUGAGCUCUGUACCUACUAGUAACAAGACUUUAUGGACUCUGACAUUAGUAGAACUGUUGCUAAUUGCGAUUGCUGGCUUAAAUAAAGGGUUUGAUUUUGAUUAUAAUGCCGAUUACUUGUUAGAAGACGAAAAUCAUGAAAACAUCGAUUAUAAAGACCCUUGUAAAGCUGUUGCUUUCUUAGGAGACAUUGCUUUAGAUGAAGAAGAUCUGAAACUGUUUCAGAUAGAUGGAACAAUUAAUUUCACCAACCACAGGGACGAGACAACUGGGCAUAACACAGGUGGUUUAGAAGAACAGUACAUUUCAAAGAAGAACACCACGUCAACAAAACUUAAAAACAAAAAAGUUAAAAAGGAUGAAAGACCAAAUAACUCAAUAACUAGGAGACAAAGGAAGAAGAUAAACAGAACCCAGUCUUCCAGGAAUUCAGAAUCUCAGCAAAGGGUACGCAGAGCUGCAACAUCAAGGGCAGAAAGAAUAUGGCCUGAAGGAGUCAUACCUUACGUAAUUGGAGGGAAUUUUACUGGUAGUCAACGAGCAAUAUUUAAGCAAGCCAUGAGACAUUGGGAAAAAUAUACAUGUGUCACAUUUGUGGAAAGAACUGACGAAGAAAGUUACAUUGUUUUUACUUAUAGACCAUGUGGAUGCUGCUCGUAUGUGGGCCGUCGAGGCGGAGGACCACAGGCAAUUUCGAUAGGCAAAAACUGUGACAAAUUUGGAAUCGUAGUUCAUGAGCUUGGUCAUGUUGUUGGAUUUUGGCAUGAACAUACACGUCCUGACCGGGAUCAUCAUGUUAGUAUUAUAAGAGAAAAUAUACAGCCAGGGCAGGAGUACAACUUCUUCAAGAUGGAACCUGGGGAAGUGAAUUCCUUGGGAGAGACUUACGACUUUGACAGUAUCAUGCAUUAUGCCAGGAACACGUUCUCAAGAGGUGUCUUCCUGGACACCAUUCUUCCUCGAAGAGAUGACAGUGGUGUGAGGCCUGCCAUUGGUCAGCGUGUCAGACUGAGUCAAGGAGAUAUUGCUCAAGCUAAGAAACUGUACAAGUGUCCAGCUUGUGGAGAGACAUUGCAGGACACAUCAGGAAAUUUUUCAACACCUGGUUUUCCAAAUGGAUACCCUUCUCAUUCACACUGUGUCUGGAGAAUCUCUGUCACUCCAGGAGAAAAGAUUAUUCUAAAUUUCACUGCCAUGGAUUUAUUUAAAAGUCGAUUAUGUUGGUAUGAUUACAUAGAAAUUCGAGAUGGGUAUUGGAGAAAAGCACCACUACUGGGUCGAUUUUGUGGAGAUAAACUUCCAGAGCCUAUCAUUUCUACUGAUAGCAGACUGUGGAUUGAGUUCCGUAGCAGCAGCAACAUCCUUGGAAAGGGAUUUCUUGCAGUUUAUGAAGCUGUUUGUGGUGGAGAAAUUUAUAAAGAUGUUGGACAGAUCCAAUCUCCCAAUUAUCCAGAUGACUACAGGCCAUCCAAAGACUGUGUCUGGAAAAUUACUGUCUCUGAAGGAUUUCAUGUAGGGCUUGCAUUUCAAGCAUUUGAGAUUGAAAGACACGAUAACUGUGCUUAUGAUUAUUUGGAAAUUCGUGAUGGAAAUUCAGAAGACAGUCCAAAAAUUGGACACUUUUGUGGAUACGAAAGGCCAGAAGAUAUCAAAUCUACAUCAAACAAACUAUGGAUGAAAUUUGUGUCAGAUGGUUCCAUUAAUAAAGCUGGCUUUGCUGCAAACUUUUUCAAAGAAGUAGAUGAAUGUGCAAAACCAGACAGCGGUGGAUGUGAACAGCGGUGUGUCAACACACUUGGCAGCUAUAAAUGUGCAUGCGACCCAGGAUUUGAGUUGACUGCAGACAAAAAAAGCUGUGAAGCUGCCUGUGGGGGUUUCAUUACCAAGCUGAAUGGAACUAUAACUAGUCCUGGUUGGCCCAAGGAAUAUCCAACUAACAAAAACUGUGUAUGGCAAGUGGUAGCCCCGGCACAGUACCGAAUAUCUAUACAGUUUGAAAGCUUUGAACUUGAAGGCAAUGAUGUGUGCAAAUAUGAUUAUGUUGAAGUUCGUAGUGGAUUAUCAUCUGACUCGAAGCUUCAUGGGAAAUUUUGUGGCUCAACAAAGCCUGAAGUUAUAACAUCACAGUCCAACAACAUAAGGGUAGAGUUCAAAUCUGACAAUACUGUGUCGAAGAAAGGAUUCAAAGCUCAUUUCUUCUCUGAUAGGGAUGAAUGCUCAAAAGACAAUGGAGGUUGCCAGCAUGAAUGUGUUAAUACUUUUGGCAGCUAUGUUUGUCACUGUCAGAAUGGUUUCAUGCUACAUGAAAAUGGACAUGAUUGUAAAGAAGCUGGCUGUGAGCACAAAUUAACAAAUGCAGAGGGGACAAUUUCUAGUCCAAACUGGCCAGAUAAAUAUCCAAGUCGUAAAGAAUGUACAUGGGAGGUAUCCGCUACUCCUGGUCACCGUGUGAAAAUAGUGUUUAGUGAGUUUGAAAUUGAAUUACAUCAGGAAUGUGCUUAUGACCACCUGGAAGUAUAUGAUGGGCCCAACAGCAAGUCACCAAUCCUGGGUCGCUUCUGUGGAAGCAAGAAACCAGAUCCAGUCAUAUCUUCUGCAAGUAAAAUGUUUAUCCAGUUCUAUUCUGAUGCCUCAGUUCAAAAGAAAGGCUUCCAGGCAAGAUAUGGUACAGAAUGUGGAGGCCGCCUUAAGGCAGAUAUCCGCACAAAAGAUCUGUAUUCUCAUGCUCAGUUUGGUGAUAACAACUACCCAGGACAGUCGGAUUGUGACUGGGUUAUAGCUGCUGAAGAUGGAUAUGGAGUGGAGCUUAUUUUCCAAACGUUUGAAAUAGAAGAAGAGUCAGACUGUGGCUAUGACUACUUGGAAAUCUACGAUGGCUACGACAGCACAGCACCUAGACUUGGCAGGUUUUGUGGUUCAAGGCCUCCAGAAGAUGUUUAUUCUGCUGGUGACUCUCUUGUGGUUCGUUUUCAUACAGAUGACACUGUCAACAAGAAAGGCUUCCAUGCACGGUUUACCAGUACCAAAUUUCAGGAUGCUCUCCAUGUGAGAAAGUAGAAUGUAGAUCUCCUGUUAAUGGACAACUAAUUUUCUCAGCCUCGACACUGGGGGUUUUAAAACAACCAAGUCAAAGAAAACAACACAAACCUGAUUUCACAAAGUGUACUCUUCUGCAGUCAUAAACCUUGUGAGAUAAACAUGCAUCUGAUAUUAACAUUACACCACAUUCAGAUAGUACAUUUAGGACCAAAUAUUAAGUGUUGACCAUGACAAUGUGUCAGAGAUGUUGGAAAGAUUUUACUGCAUUGGAUAAAGUCAUUAUUAAAAGAAUGCAUUUUCCAAAAAUCAGUAACCACACCUCAAGCUGUCUCCACUGAAGGUUUCAACUUACAUACUGUCUUUUGUUUGUUUUUGUUUUUCUCCUUUUUUUUUUAAGAUGUAAGGUACAUUUGUUGGUUUACAACUAUUAAGGUUCCACAAAUAAGCACUAGGUAACUUGCUUGCAUUUUGUUUAUUGAAAAGUAAUGGUAACUAAAUGUACAUGAAGAAAAUGCAGUCUCUUAAUGAUGGCAGCUAAAGUAUGUAUGUGCAAUAAGACAGAGAAAAUGUUACAUUCAUUGUUGUCUGGUAACUUUUUUAGGCAUUUUACCAGUUGUCCCACCUCCUAACCCUAGCACAGAAAUGUAAAUAUUAAAUACUGUCCACAAUUUUUUUUCUUUAAUGUGUUCACUUGGGUGCCAGAUGUUUUCAGUAGUGUGUCAUGUAGUGUAUGUACAGUAAUGGAAAGUAUGACAAAGUUUAAGAUGCCAUGUAUCCUUUUACGUAGUCAAAAGGCCAGAUACAGAGCAUGCACACAUGCUGCAGUUCCUUCAGCAAUGUCCCAUUUGAUAUUGCUUGCAUUUUCUGCUUUGUUCUAAAGUAGUUACUGCUAGUGACUAGAAUUCUACAAAGCAGGACUAUUUUUCAAUGGCUGUGUAGUCACAGUAUAAACCAUCAUUUCCUACAGUAAAAUAUAUCAAUUCCCAUCAAUACUAUGAGCAACAGAAAUUACAAUAACAGCUGUAGAGUUUUAGUUGCAGUAAACAGCUUUCUUAAAGGGACUAACAGUGCAACUAGAGUUUACUACAAGUGUUCAUAUACCAUUAGAUUGCAACACGUUUCCCUGCUGCCACUCACUCAUGUUGGCAAGUGCCUAACUUCUACCAUCCUGAAUUCCAUGCACUACCAUUAAGUUAUUUCCCCCAGAACCCUGACCCUAAAAACAACUCCAGUUCACUCCUUAAACCUAAAAAUUCCCCUCUCCCCUUCCUAACCCGCCAUCCUCUCUGUUAACUCGCUAGGCCUAAAAUACCCCUCCCCUCCCUAAACCUAACCAUGCACUAACUCCUGAUCACUCUUUAAACAUAACCCCCCUCCCCACCCUAACUCUAACCAUGUGCUAACUCCCAAUCUCUUCCUAUAACCUAAAUCUAAAAUCCCCUUAACCCUAAGUCUGUGCUAACUCCCAGUUGCUUCCAAAACCAAACAUUCCCCUGCCCUCCAUAAAUAUAAAGUCCCUCUUCCCAUUUCCCUUCCCCACUUACCAUUUCCAUGACGAGACCUUGAAGGCGUCUGACCAUUGAGGCAGCUGCAUUCUUGAACUCAUAUUCAGGUUUGAGCAACUGCUUGGCCAGGUGGGCAGAUGGGGUAACAGCCAAUCAAGCCCCUGCCUGUGAGUUAGUGGAACUACAGCAUUUGGGGCUCAAGAUGAUGAAAUACUCCCAUGUAACAAAGAUAAGCAAAAAUAAACUGGACCUUACUUAUUUUGCUGCAUUAUAUUUCAAAUGUAUUUUAUUUCAUAGGUCCUCAGAGUGAAACAGUAAGCCUCUCUCAAACUCUGGUAAAGCUUUUGCAUUUAUAUUAGCCCAACAGAACCAACACUAAUAAAACAUAUGAUGUCUGCACCAUGCCAAGAGCUGUAUGUGUGCAAACAAUUUCUCUGUUAUGCACCUUUAGUGCUGUAGUGCACUCUGAUGACAUAAUUUUGUGCUGAAUAAGACAUAAUCUUAAAAAUGUAUUCUAUUCAGCAAUGUGAUUAAGCUGCUAGCAUGUGUUGCAUUUCAUUGAAAUGAAAAGUUGAAGUAAAUACUGCUUUAGUAUCUCAGUUUAAUGUACUUUUAGCACACUUCAAUUUAUUUUUAAUUCAAUUUAUUUUUAAAACCUGAACAUGAAACUAAGUAAAAAUCAGAUCAGCUGAAAUAAAAUGACGUUACUACAAUAUGCCAUGACUUUCACAAAAAUAAAUACAUUAUACAGAAAAAAGAAAUGUAAUAAACUUAUGAGAUAAAGGACUUUGGAUUUGCAGUUUUUAAGUUAAACAUUUCGGCUUCUUUAGACUGAGGCUUGCUUAUCAGACCUCAAGUCAGCUACUGGCUUUGCAGCACUUAACACCUCAUUAACCACAAUCUUGGCACAAGUAAUGUCUUAGAUAUAAACAAGGGGCAUUGGUCCAACCGACUCAAAAAAAUAUGUUGCACUCCCCUGUACAGAAGGAAAUCCACCUCACACACACAAACUUAAAACAGACUAGUAUCCACUUGUGUUUAGCCUGAUCUCACAUAAAAUCAAUUCAGAAUAGUUUAUACUUUAAGUACACAUUUGUAGAUUUCUUUAAGAUUAUCUCGAAACAGGGCCUCCCUGGAGAAGUUGAUGUUAGCACUUAAGAAAUAUUGUUUUGUUUUACUAUGCUGAUAAAAGUUUCACAGCCUUUACAUUAAAAUUAUAUAUUGUUAAGUAGUGUUCUACCAAGGAACUAAGAGCUGCAAUGUUUUCCUUUGAAUUGCCUCAGUAUUCCUGGUAAAGAUCAAAUUAUGAAAAAAAUGAGCACUCAAGUAAAAUGUAGCACUAUAUCAAGAAAAUCAGAUUUUGAAGAAGUGCUGAUACUGCUCUUAGUUGUAGCUGAAUCUCAUAUUUUGGGUAAGCUAACUAUUGUUGCAAUGCUGCUUUAAGAGAAGAAUGACAAUAUUUUAUGUUUACCUGAUCACAUUAUUGGCAUUGGACCUUUAAACUAGCAUUCCUUUCUAUUUUGUUUUUUUUUUUCAGAAAAUGCAGAAUUUCAGGCUCUGAUAGAUAUUUGUAAAUAAAAGAACAGUUUACAAACACAUAAAAUGCAUGGUAAAAGUAUGGCAUUUCCCUCCUUUAAUUUUGUGAGCAUUUCUGGUGGUAAGUUGUUCUGCAUGUUUGGGUACUUAAUGGCUAAACUGGGAGGCAAAUGAAAAUGUUACAUUUAUGUAGAAAAGUGCUUGUAGAUGCAGAAUAGGUAGAAUAUGGGAAACAGAUGUAUGUUUAGAAGUAUGUUUAGGGAUUUAUGAACACUGAGAAUAGCAUAACAAUCUUCAGGAUAUUGCAUGACUCCAGGUCCAGAGAUACAGUUUAGAUUAACAUUUCUAUCGGUCAGUGUGUUUAAUUUUCAGGUCCAUAGAAUUAUUAAUUGUCAGGUGCUACAUUACUAAACACAGUACUGUAUUAUGAUAGUAUUAAUGUAAGUGCUAUUUAGUAGUAAUGUCUGGGUUUGUUAUAUAGUCAUUAACUGGUAAAUUCAGGUAUUUCUCAAAAAAGCAUGCAGCAAUUCAAUAAUAAAUCAAUGAUUAAAGGUGUACAGUAAGGCAAUGAGAUAGGAAAAAUAAAUAGAAAUGCAUGUGUGUUUACAAGGUUCUUUUACCCACUUAGCUCACUGAAACCAAGUAAAAUAUAAUAUAUGCAUGAAUUAAUCUGAUAAUAAAAUGGAAGCCUUAAUUAAUAUAAUGUAAAUGUUGUCACACAAGUCUGUGUUGCAUUUCAA